GAUACGCUCGAGAUGACGGGUAUACAAGUUGUUUUGUGGCAGGCGCAAUGUCGUACACUAAUCCAGUGCUGUCAAAGUAACAGGGCAGUGUAGGAUAAAAAAAUCUUUAAGUAUAUGUUGGAUUAUAUGAUUGGUGUGCAGAAAUUAUUUGUUAAAAGGGUUAUCAAAACAACGCUCACACUUUCUAAAAUAAGUGGAAAUUUGGGUUAAAAGUUACCUCUUUUGUACUUAAGUUAAACCUUACCAAGGGAGCAUGGGUAAGAAAGAGGUGUUCCAGAUAAUCUUGGACAAUCCGAGCGAGAUUUUCUACCCAGAUCAGCUAGUGUCAGGUAGAGUGGUCUUACAGCUCUUUGAUGACAUGAAAAUAUCAGCCAUUAACGUCAUUUUCAAAGGGUUCGCAAACGUUCGUUGGUCUGAAGGUGGUGGCGACAAGAGGAGAACAUACAGCAGCACUGAAAAAUACUUUCAUACUAAAGUAUGUUUAUUUGGUAAAGAACAAACUGGUAAAGACGACGUUAAACUGAAGCCGGACAAGUACAGUUAUCCUUUCAGUUUCCAGCUGGCUAAGGGGUUACCGUCAUCCUACGAGGCAAAGAUAGGCCGAGUUCGAUAUACUUUAAAAGCACACAUUGACAUACCAUGGGCAUUUGACAAAUAUACAAAAAGAUUAAUUACAGUCGUUAAUCUGCUCGAUUUAAACGCUAUUCCUGGUGCAAUGAAUGGGUCAUCAAAAACUGACGAGAAGACCCUUUGCUGUUUAUGUUGCAAGUCCGAUCCUAUCACAGCCACCGUCAUGUUGGACAGGACAGGAUAUGUACCGGGAGAGUCAGUCGUCUUCCGGGCGGAAAUCAACAACAGAAGUGACAGAGAAAUGACAUGCAGCUCCGCCAAACUUGUUAUGCUAGUUUUGUAUCAUGCAACGUCCAAGACAAAGAAAGUAAAUAACGUUCUCUUUGAGCUGAAGCACGGGAAAAUUGAUGGCGGUGGCACGGAUAUUUGGAUGAACGAAAAACUGCACAUACCGCCUGUACCCCCGUCUUAUCUCCAAGGCUGUAACAUUAUAGAUAUCAGAUAUUAUGUGAUGAUCACGGUGGAUCCGUCUGGCGCUGGCUUUGAUCUUAAUGUUCCACUUGAAGUUGUGAUUGGCAGCAUUCCACUAUCGUCCAUUGCUGAACAACACGGCAUGGUGCUACCACAGCAACCCCAGGCUACACUUCUACAACCGUCACCCGGAGCACCAAAAGGCAUUUACAGUGCCACCGCCAUGCCAACAAACUUACCUCAAGCUACGCUGGUAGAGAGUGCCAUGGGUCGUGUUAACACAACGGAAGAUGAUGACACCAAGGAGACAACAGGCAACACAGACUUUGCUCCAGUCUACACAUAUUAUAACUGGGAUAAACCAGACCCUAAAAAUACAUUCACUGUGCAGUGUCAGUAACAUUUUCAAUUAAACGGUUGAAAACCAUCGAUUUAGGGUCAUGCUCUGUAAUAACCUGCAUAACUACAUACAUAAAUAGAUUAAUUUAAUUUGUA